AUGCUUUUAGUAAUUGACAGAUUGGAGGGGCCAUUCAAUAUCGAGUCGGUCAUGGAUCCUAUCGAUAUUAAGAUUUCUGAAGCCAUCACAAACAUGCAGGAGAAUAGCAUUCAGGUGUCAGGCAAGGUAAGAUGUCUGUCCCAUAAUAAUCACUUAAGUAUCCCAGUAACCAAUAAAAAUGGUUUGUGCAGUGUAUUUGGUAGGAUGUUUUAUGUUUGACAGCACAUCUUGUUUCAUUCUGCAAUUGCUCUAGAUAUGUUUUGAAGUUAUCUCCAUUUAAGUUGUUAAGUAUUGCAGUUAGAAUGUUUAUCGCUCAUGUAAAAAUUAGUGUACAGGGAGUGCAGAAUUAUUAGGCAAGUUGUAUUUUUGAGGAUUAAUUUUAUUAUUGAACAACAACCAUGUUCUCAAUGAACCCAAAAAACUCAUUAAUAUCAAAGCUGAAUAUUUUUGGAAGUAGUUUUUAGUUUGUUUUUAGUUAUAGCUAUGUUAGGGGGAUAUCUGUGUGUGCAGGUGACUAUUACUGUGCAUAAUUAUUAGGCAACUUAACAAAAAACAAAUAUAUACCCAUUUCAAUUAUUUAUUAUUACCAGUGAAACCAAUAUAACAUCUCAACAUUCACAAAUAUACAUUUCUGACAUUCAAAAACAAAACAAAAACAAAUCAGUGACCAAUAUAGCCACCUUUCUUUGCAAGGACACUCAAAAGCCUGCCAUCCAUGGAUUCUGUCAGUGUUUUGAUCUGUUCACCAUCAACAUUGCGUGCAGCAGCAACCACAGCCUCCCAGACACUGUUCAGAGAGGUGUACUGUUUUCCCUCCUUGUAAAUCUCACAUUUGAUGAUGGACCACAGGUUCUCAAUGGGGUUCAGAUCAGGUGAACAAGGAGGCCAUGUCAUUAGAUUUUCUUCUUUUAUACCCUUUCUUGCCAGCCACGCUGUGGAGUACUUGGACGCGUGUGAUGGAGCAUUGUCCUGCAUGAAAAUCAUGUUUUUCUUGAAGGAUGCAGACUUCUUCCUGUACCACUGCUUGAAGAAGGUGUCUUCCAGGAACUGGCAGUAGGACUGGGAGUUGAGCUUGACUCCAUCCUCAACCCGAAAAACAAGCUCAUCUUUGAUGAUACCAGCUUCCACCUCCACCUUGCUGGCGUCUGAGUCGGACUGGAGCUCUCUGCCCUUUACCAAUCCAGCCACAGGCCCAUCCAUCUGGCCCAUCUCACUCUCAUUUCAUCAGUCCAUAAAACCUUAGAAAAAUCAGUCUUGAGAUAGUUCUUGGCCCAGUCUUGACGUUUCAGCUUGUGUGUCUUGUUCAGUGGUGGUCGUCUUUCAGCCUUUCUUACCUUGGCCAUGUCUCUGAGUGUGGCAAAACCGACCUCGCCACGUGUCCUUGGAGGGGGCUGCUUGCCCGCCUCUUGCCUUUGGACUAUGGCCCUGCAGGUUAAACUGUUUAUUUUCCCUGCAGAAAGGCUUAUUCGUGUGAUCUGAGUGCCAUUCAUCUAAUAAUGUGCAGUCAGAUCCAAGCUAUCUGGGGAUAUGUAGAAAUGUGUGUUUUAUGUACUAAAUGUGUCAGUAUGUAAUUUUAUGUCUUUUACUGUCUUUUUGUCUGCCAUGUGGGUAAUGGAGUUUGGCUCUGUCUUUGGAGAUAAUUAGAUUCCUUCUCCAAUUAUCUCCAGGGCAGAAGGGAGGAAGCCAGGAUGCAUUGUGGGGAUGUUUCACUUUUACUGUUUGAGCCAGGGGGAACAAAAGAUACUUUUACUAACUUUUGAACCCCUGGUUGGAUUCAUGCCAUUUUUUAAUAUGUUGUUCCCCUGAAUGGAUUGAUUGUGAAUAUGUAUUUUUAUGCGAAUGUGAUGUAUAUUUUGGGAGUUAUGAAUCUUGUGUAAAAACUGUAUUUUCCCUACCUAUGAUAAUUGUAUUUUCCUGUGUGUACAGAUAAUUAGUUUACAGGUAGAGGGGAGGGCUAUGUGUGGGAUGUAACUAUUGUGUGAUUGGUUAAUGUACGUUACUGUGUGUGUCCCUCCCCUUCAUGGGAGCACCUAAUAAAAAGGGCUGCAAGCUAGCAGCCAGAGAGUUCUAUUUUUACCCUCAACUUGAGUCCUGUCUCUUAUUGGGGAAUCUGCUACAAGGGAUUGCUAUGCUAGGCAUAUUCCCUUGCUAUAAUCACUGAGCUCUUGUAAGAGCUUGUUCCUGCUUCGUUCUGAAGGGAGAUAGCUGCAGUCUGCGGUGCUUAUGGUGUCUGGUGGAGUGCUUGGAGUCCUCUGGAAGCGCUGGAGCAUCUUUCAACGGAGGUACCCAGUCGGGGUGCCAGGUGAUCCGUUACACUGAGUAUUGCACACCUUGUGCUUUUGGGCACUCCAGUGAUGUUGCAGCUCUGAAAUAUGGCCAAACUGGUGGCAAGUGGCAUCGUGGCAGCUGCACGCUUGACUUUUCUCAGUUCAUGGGCAGUUAUUUUGCGCCUUGGUUUUUCCACACGCUUCUUGCGACCCUGUUGACUAUUUUGAAUGAAACGCUUGAUUGUUCGAUGAUCACGCUUCAGAAGCUUUGCAAUUUUAAGAGUGCUGCAUCCCUCUGCAAGAUAUCUCACUAUUUUUGACUUUUCUGAGCCUGUCAAGUCCUUCUUUUGACCCAUUUUGCCAAAGGAAAGGAAGUUGCCUAAUAAUUAUGCACACCUGAUAUAGGGUGUUGAUGUCAUUAGACCACACCCCUUCUCAUUACAGAGAUGCACAUCACCUAAUAUGCUUAAUUGGUAGUAGGCUUUCGAGCCUAUACAGCUUGGAGUAAGACAACAUGCAUAAAGAGGAUGAUGUGGUCAAAAUACUCAUUUGCCUAAUAAUUCUGCACUCCCUGUAGGACCCAGCGAUAUUGAGGUACUGUGAAGUAGUGGUGGGCUUAACACACUAUGUGGUUACUGAAUCUCCAUAUUUGUUUGCUAUGGUUAGGUAUUUUAAGUAGCCUUUAAACUGCAUUUUUGUGUGUGUGCUGUUCAUUAAUCUGUAUUUUGUAUUUGUUUUGGUCAUUACUGUAGCACCACUAGUGAGAAAUGCAUGUUCCUGGUGUGCCUCCAAUUCCUUUUUUUCACUGUAUAAUUUGCAAGAAACUGCAGCAGGUCUCAAAAGAAGGGACUUACUUCAGACUUGAAUAAGUAAAUAAAAAUCCAAGCUAUAUUCCAUUUUUCCUAAAAUAAAAACAAACAAACAAACAGUGCACAGAGGGGGCACAAGAGGGGUGUUUAUUUAUUACAUGACCAUGAGGCUCUGUCUCAGAGAUGGACCAGGAGAAGGAUGCUUACAUGUUUUGUAUCCAAAAGGCACUUCUUUUGAGACCCGAGGAAGUGACUUUUAGGCAUGAAACACGCAAGUAUUGCCCUCCUUGUGCCCCCUCUGUGCACUGUGGUAUAUAUUAUUUGAUUUGGGAAAAAUACAUAUGGAAUAAAGCUUGAAUUGUUAUUUACUUAUUCAAGCCUGGAGUAAGUUCUUUCUUUUGGGACCCAGUGCUGCAGUUCCUUGCAAAGUUUACAGUGAACCAUAAAAAUCAGAAAAUUACUUUUGCAAUAUUAGCAAGAUUAAUCAUAUUGCCCUUAUUGGAAUUACAUAUAAAAACAAUUCUACGGUUUGCUUCCCUUUCUUUUGAGACAGUUUGAGGCAAAUGAUUAGUUGGUCUUAUUACUACCAAUAAAGUAUUUGUGUUUCGGUUUGGUAAGGAUACCAUCAAUGCAUUCAGAGGAGGGAUUUACUUGUUUUACAGCUCCAUCAAGGUUAAUUGUGUCUGGAGAGCCAUGGGUUUGUCCAUGUUAACCUUUUUUUCAGUGAGAACCUAAUCAAAUGUAAUGGCUACAUAUAACCACCUUAUGGCUAGCCAGGAAACACAAUUUUCUCUGAAGUAAUUAGAUAGUAGUUUGGCAAAAUGUGUGAUGUGAUUUAUUGCUUAAGGGAGAGUUCAAUUUUCAAAAGACUUUCAUUUCAAGGUAGGAAUUUUCUUUCAGAGGUAACAAGAUCAUAGUAUAAUGUAAUUAGGCCAUGUUCUCCUGCCAAAUGUGUAGUCCAGCACACUUUUUGAGAUAAUUUUAUCGCCAAGACAUAAAUCAAUAUGAGAAUUUGAUAGAUGUGGAAGCAACUAAUAUUGGUUGGUAUAAAUUCAGAGAAGAGAACCCAAGACUAGUAAGUCAAUCUGAUAAGACGGCAGUUCUUCAUUGGUAAUUGUUUCAUUGAGUUCCCAAAUUCCUACAAUUAUUCUGACAAGCUCUGUCCUCUAAAUCCAUUUGUUUGUUUUUCAAAAAAGAAUUUCUCCUGGAAGAGGAUAUGCUGGUCUGCAAAUGAACUAUGCAACUGUACUAUAAUACCACUAUAAAUGCAUUGAGAUCCAAAGAGACAUUUGGCAGUAUCAAGUACUAAUUGACAACUAGAUAGCUAAAGCAUCAUCUUGUACUUUUGUGAAGUGUUUGAGGCCACUGAGCAAUGACAUAGUCAAUCAGAGGGUGUGACUCCACUUGAAAAACAACACUUGCAGAAAGUAGGUGUAUUAAAGGGAUUAAGGGACACUAUAAUCAUAAAAACAACUUUAGGUUAAUGAAGCAGUUUUAAUUUUUAGCUUAUGUUGCUGAAGUCUAAAUCCUCUUCCAUUUAGGAGUUAAAUCACAUUUGUUUCUGUCCAUGCAGCCCUUGCCACACUUCCACUGGAUGUGAUUGGCACAACUUGCAUGAAAAAAAACAUGGUUUCACUUGUAACUUAAUUUAAAAGUUUAAAAGUAAAUUUAACUUUCAUGACACACAGGAGGCUCCUGCAGGCUCUCACAAGCUAUUAACAGAGCAGGAGAUAAGAACUUAGAAAUUUUAAAAAGUUUAAAAUGAAGGAAGUGUGACCAUUUCUAUUUACAGGAAGUGAUUAGUAAGGCUGUGACAGUCACAUGCAGGGAGGUGUGCCUAGGGCUGCAUAAACAAAGUGAUUUAACUCCUAAAUGAGAGAAUUGAGCAGUGAGAAUGCAGAGGCAUGAUCUAUACAUAUAAACUGCUUCAUUAAGCUAAAGUUGUUAUGGUGACUAUAAUGUCCCUUUAAGUCAAUAAAACCUCUGAAAAGUAGAAGGCGACCUUAUAUUGCAAAAAUCAGUACUCUAGAGACUGCCAUUGUGCCAGUGUGUAGGUAUUCCACUAACUGUUUAGUUUCCAGUUGCCAUGGCUGCAGUGUGGCUAAAUCUAGUCAUUAUGUAGUGAUAUCAGUACUGUAGAGUCUAGUGCUUAUGGAUGAAAAUACACAAUAUGGAGCUUUGAAAAAAUGUGUCAGUUUGCACCCACCCCCAGGCCAAGCCCCAUUCAUUUUGAGUCCAUUUGUACACUGUUUAUUGUUAUCAUCUCAAAUUACACAACAAAUCAUGCCAACAAGUAUCAUAUUGUUUUACAUUUUGUAAGAGGAUACUCACCAGAACCAGAAAGGAUUAUUCCUUUGGUGUCUCACAGACCAGAAUGCUACAUACCCUACAUACCCCACUCAUCUUCUGUUAGUCACUAGGUGGAUUAACAGAAGAUAAAAUGAUAGAAGUGCAGUUUACAAGUCCAGACGCAUUAGGUAUCGCCUGCUCAUAAAUAAAAAAAGAGGUCUGACAUAGAGAAGUGUUUACUUUAAGUAUUAACAAUAUUAAGUCAAAUGUCCUGGUUUGUGAAUUUUAAUAGUGCACCAAUCUGCCUUAAAAUCUAACUGCAUUAUAUUUAAGGUCUAACAGGAUUUGGAUAUUUUGCUUAUAUGUCUAAACAAUCUGUAGCACUCUAAAAAGGUUGCUAACAUAUGUCAUUGUUACUCUAAAUAAAAUAAUUUUUUAAAGGGACACUGUAGGCAUCCAGACCACUUCAGCUCAUUGAAGUGGUCUGGGUACAAUGUCCCAUAUCCCUUAACCCUGCAAUAGUUAUUAUUGCUGUUUCUGAGAAACUGCAAUAAUUACCUCUCAGGGUUAACUACUCUUAUAGUGGCUGUCUACCAGACAGCCACUAGUGGGAUUUCCGGAACUGAAACGGACCUUUGGUCCGUUAUCUGAUGCUGGACGUCCUCACGCUAUGCAUGAGAACCUCCAGGGUCAGAUUUUCCCCAAAGGAAAGCUUUGAAUAGUGCUUUCCCAUGGGAAAAUCCUAAUGCGAGCGUGGCCAUUGCCCUAAUGCGAGCGUGGGCAGAGCCCGAUCCAGCACCGAGGGACAUUGCGCUGGAUUCAGGUGAGUGACUAUAGGGUUUUAACGGGUUUGUUUUCCUGGCACUGAAAAAUCCUUUAAAGAUUCAUUAUAUUCUGUAUAUUCAUUGGAAGCACUAAAGUAUCUAUGAUAUAGCUAGACAUAAAGUCAAUCAACAUGUAGAGACUUUUGUGUUCAAUAGAAGGAUUCAAAAUAAAUUAAAAAAUAUUAUUUCGAGGACUAUUUUAAUGUUAAAAAAAAUAGUACCAACCAAGUCCUUAACUUUAACUUUUUUCACAUGGUUAUAAAAUUAAAUUCAAAGUGAUGUAGAUCAGAUAACUUUAGAACAUAUUGUGCCCUGUAUAUUUUGUAUCUAUGUCUUUUGUCCUCAGUUAGUAGAACCAUCAUUAAAUUCUGUAAGGUUUUUUUUUUUUGUUCAAUUUGCUCAGUUUUCAAAAGAAUCUGGCAUGACAAUAAAACUCUGCAAUCAGUUAUUUCUUGCCUUCCAAUUUGAGCUCUUUAUUUGAUCAGAGGGAUAAAAUUUAUUGGUAUUCUGCAGCAAGCCAAGAGCUGUUCGCCUGGUAAUUUUACACUCUUAAUCGACUGAGGUUGUAUUCCAGAAAUUUUGCAAUCACAGUAGCUCAAAUGGUAAGGCUUGAGAGUUCAAUUAUUCCGUUUUAUCUCAUAGACAAAAAAAACACACUUCAAUUACCAUACGAUUAUUGUUAGUAAAGAAAAUGACCUAUUCAAAAGUUAGGUAAAGUUGACACCAAUGUCAAAGUUCCAUGCAUAACUGCGAGGCAAAAAAUUAAACAUGAAUAUAAAGCAUAAUAUCUUUAGAUAAAUGCUUGCAUUAUUCUGAUAUAUUAAAUAAUAGCUGUCUGUUUAUAUUAUUAUGUUUAGCAUUUAUGUAGUGCCAACAUAUUCCAUAGUGCUUUACAAUAUUAUAAGAGGGGGAGAUUUAGCAAUAAAUGAGAAAUUUACCACAACUUACAGGAACAAUAGGUUGAAGAAGACUUUGCUCAAGCAAGCUUGCAGUCUAGACGAGGUGGGGUAUAAAACACAAAAGGACAGGAGAUAGAAAUCAAACAAAGUGGGAGUGAAGCAGAUCUAGAGGAGAGAGUAGAAUGCUGUCCUCUAGGAGAGAGCAAGGGACAGGUAUGAGGUAGAUGUGACAGACCGCCUGGCACUCUGACUGAGUGCCUCCGCCAAUAGAUGCUUCUAAUGCUCACCGAGGAUGCUUCUAGCACUCCACCAGACACCAUCAGCACUGCAGACCCCACUUCCAGCAAUUCAGCCACCCUGGACCCAAGACCGGGACCCAGCUUCCAGUGGCAGAACUCUCCUACUCCCAGAGAGCAUAGCAGGAACAGCACUUAUAAGAGUUAGUGAUUAAAAUUCCUGGGGAGUAUAGUGAUAUAGCAAUCCCCAGGAUAGACACAGCCGUUUCCCCCACACAUGACAUGAGACUCUAUGUUGAGGGUAAGCAGGAACAGAAUUUUAAUGGAUACACACUGGCCUUUUAUGCAAGUUUCCCAAUAAGGGUGACACCCAGGUGGAACUUGUUGGGCACAAGGACACAAAGUUAACAAACCAUUAAAAACAGAGUUAUACAGUGAGACACUCCAAUACACAAGCAAUAGAAUCCCUCCCUCUGUGCUUGGGAGAUAAUUGAAUCAGGAAUUGUACUAAUCUAACCCAAUUAUCUCCAAGCACAGAAAAACAUACAAUUUUAUGAAACCCCCCAAAAGUACCUUAAUAACACAUAAAACCCCAUAAACCCAAUCUGGGUGAACAACAUAUCCAAAAAUCACCCAUAUUGGUUUAGGAGUUCACGAAUUUCUGGAAGUCAUAGUUUUGACCAACCGUGCACAGGGUCCUAUGCCCAAAACAGUUCCAGGGAAAUCAGUUCUAACAGUCGGUCAAGUUCGGUAGUCUUUUACAGGUCUCCCUGCAGGGCCCAUAGUCUAUGGGCAGGUUACCAAGUACAAGUGGCGAGGUUACUUUCGCCACACUAGAGGUUACUCUGGGAGGUCAUACACUUUCCUGAAGGGUUGUGUUUUAAGGCAGGAGAGUUGGGGAGAGUCUGAUGGUGGUAGGCAAGAAGAAGUCCUGCAAGUGUGAGUUGGCCAUAUGGGUUCAAGCAUCAGACAAGAGAAGGUCAUGGGCAGAUUGGAGAGACAGAUAAAGGGGCAUACCUAUGGAUCAGUGAAGAUAUAUGAGGGGCUAGAAUUGUUCAGUGCUUUAAAGGUAUGGAUUAGUACUUUUAAUUGACUCUUAUAGGAUACAGAUGCCAAUAUAAGGACUGACAGGGGAAUGAGGUGUGAGAGGAGCGACUGGAGAGGAAAAUCAGUCUGAUGGUAGCAUUCAUUACAGACAGUAGCAGGGCAGUACGGCUUCUGGGAAUUAGGAGAGAGUUACAAUAAUCGAUGCUCGAGAGAUUACUAGAGCAUGAACAAGCUCCUUAGUAGCGUAAGAAAGGGGCAAACGCGGGCAAUGUUUAUAAGAUGGAAUCGACAGGAUUUGGUAACAGACUGGAUGUAAGGCUCAAAGGUGAGACCAUAAUCAAAUAUAACACCAUGACAGCAUGCUUGCAAUGAUGGAUGAUUUGGGUACCACCAAUUUGAAGGGACAGUGAAAGAGGAGGAUCAGUAUUAGGAGGAGGAAAGACAAGAAGCUCAGUUUUGGAGAUAUUGAGUUUCAGAAAGGGGGAGGACAUCCAAUCAGAAGAAAAGCAAGCAGUAAAACAUUGCAGGAUGGCGGUGGAGAGGUCCGUGGAGGAGGGAUAUAUCUGGGUGUCAUCAGCAUACAGGGGGUAGUGGAAUCCAAAUUAGGUAAUAAGUUUGCCAAGAGAGAAAGUAUAAAGAGAAAAUAGAAGGGGACCAAGAACAGAGCUUUGGGGGACUUCAACUGAGGCAGGAUUAGGGGGGAGGUAUAAUUAUUAAAUGAGACACUGACUGAGCAUUAGGAGAGAUAGAAGGAAAACCAUAAGAGGACAGUAUCACAGAGACCAAGUAAUUGAAGAGUUUGGAGAAGGCAGCAGAGAGGUCAAGAAGAAUUAAUAUAGUGGCCUUUGGAUUUAGAAGCAAUUAGGUUGUUAGUAACUUUAAUUAGAUCAGUCUCAGUAGAGUGGAGGGGGUGGAAGCCAGACUAAAGAGGGUCAAGAAGAGAGUUUGAAUUAAGGAAGCUAGCCAGACAAGACAAGUCUUUCCAGAAGCUUUGAGGAAAAUGCAACAGUUAGAGGGGGAGGACGGGUCAAGAGAUGUUUCUUUUAGGAUGGGUACUACAGUAGCAUUUUUAAAGGCAGCAGGGACAAUGCCGAAGAGAAAGAGCAGUUGAGGUAUGUGUUAAGGAAGGCAUAAGACAAGGGGAGAGAGAUCUGAUAAGGUGAAAAGGGACAGAAUCAAGCUGGCAAGUACUGGGUUGAGUGAAAAGGAGAAGUGCAUCCACCUUUUGUUCAGUAGCAUGGGAGAAAGUCUGAAGGGUAGGGCCACUCGAUGGAGAUGGAUUUUCUGUCGGUCGGGUCAGUUUCACACCGGGGUCCCAUGGAUUGUGUGUACGCCACUGUACAACUUAAAUGGUGCCUUGUCAUUCUAAAGCAUUUUGAAGAUAUGCAAAGCAUCAUGGGAGUUGUAGUUCUACAACAUCAGGGUAUCUACAUUUUUGGCACCCCUGUUCUAUAGGGUAACAUAAAAUGGCAAGGCCUUAAAGGGUAAAAGAUGUGUAUAAACAUAUAAAAUGAAGACAUUUUCAUGUCAGGUUGCAAUUCUUUGUUUCUAGUAUAGGUACAUUGACUGUUAUGCUGUCCUUUUUUUAUUCCUUACUUAAUUCCCAAGACCCUUAAGUGAUGCAAGAUUAACUCAAUUUGGCAUGCGGCUGUUGUUAUACAGAUUAGCUUUUGAUAGAGAAAAAGUAAUCAAACAUCCCUAGAACAAAAGGAUUAUGAGCUUUUUUUUCUUUUUAUCUUUAAUUCUGUUGUCUUGUGGCAAUAACUAAAGAGCACAGUGGGUUAACUAUUUUGGUAAAUAUAUGUAGUGUAGUUAAAUACUUCUAAUCAGGCUCUGAAGUUCAUUUAGUUAAAAUAGCUUAAAACAUCUUGGAAGGCUUUUUAAACAUAUGGCUCACAUAAAAAUUGCAGCGGCACUUAGCCAGGAGACCGCUGUAAUUAAAACUCUGGCAAAACAUAUUAUAUAUAUGUGUGAAGUUCAUUCAAACAAGUAUUUUUUUUUAUUUGGAUUCAUUUGGUAAUUCUUAUAAAGGCCUUUAUCAAGAUCAAACAAAAUAUAAAAGUGUGUUAUAUUCAUGUAAAUGAAAAUGUAUGCCUUGAAUGAUACAGUGCAAGUGAAUUUCAGCCAUCCAGGAAGAAAUGCCAGAUUAGUAGUUGCUGGUUUGUCACCGAAACGCGCAUCGAGACGACUACACUUUAGAUUAUACGCACAUGUUAUGCAUUUGUUUUUAAGCUCACGCUGCCUUGUGGUUCCAUAUUAUCUGGUCACUAUGAUCUAAUAAGGGGUAUGUUAGAUAGAUGCAGGGGACUGCCUCGAAACAGUAUGUCCGUGGUUACUAUCAGUUAGAAUAAUUAAUUAUUUAUCUGACAGUUUACUGAAUCAUCUACCUAGUAUCUGUACUAACUAAUCACCUCACAAAUAUUGGACAAAUGUUUUUCUUUGAGUCCUAGCUGCAUACAUAUGCUGUGUCUGGGAAAUAAAUGCUCAUAUACUAGGUUAACAAUCGAUCAUUUUUUAUAAAAUUCAAAACCUGUUUAAACAGUGAAAGGAUUGGACACUGAUAGUGAUCAAUAUGGGGGCUAAUUUUCCCCUGUCUUGAAUUUAUUCCAAUUACUCUAACUCUAAUAUCACAUGCUGCAUAUAUAUCUAAUGAGGACUCUAACCUAUUUAUUGUAUUCUAUCUUGCAAUUUAGUCAAACUGACUCAACAGCACCCUCUAUCCCUUAAACAAUGGAUAUAAUCCAUGUAGCAUAGAAGUAUAUUUUCAUCUUGCACACGUGUAUCCAAAUUAUCAUAAAAAAGAAAUGAUACAUAAACAUAGAUAUUAAGAUAUACAUAAACAAGAUAUAUUAAGUAUAUAUUAUUAAGUACAUAUUGCACAAUAAAAUAGAAAACAAAUGAUAUACCAUAUACAUAUGAUAGCAAAAGAAAAUAUUAACCAAGAAGAUAGAGGAUUGCAAAAUAAAAUUGAUUGAGAUCAUACAAAAAAAAAAACCAAAAAACUAAAAUAAAAUAAAAUAGGAAAUAUAAUGGUCAGAAUCCACAUCUAAAACUAAAGGAAUAUAAUUAUUAACGGUUCGCCGGGGACUCAUCAUUGAGUAAACUUUGACCCUGUACCUCACAGUCAGCAGACACAUUCCAGCCAAUCAGCAGCAGACCCUCCCUCCCAGACCUUCCCACCUCCUGGACAGCAUCAAUUUUACAUUCAUUGUGAAGCUGCAUUCUUAGUGAGCUGUCCAGGAGGUGGGAGGGUCUGGGAGGGAGGGUCUGCUGCUGAUUGGCUGGAAUGUGUCUGCUGACUGUGAGGAACAGGGUCAAAGUUUACUCAAUGAUGAGUCCGUGGCGAACCGUUCGGCGAACCAUUACGGACAUCACUAAUGAUAAUAUCUUAAAUGUUUUUUUUUUCAUUUUGUUUUUUGUUAUUUACUUUUUAUUGAGGCAUAAAUAUAUUAUACAUUACAAGCAGAAGUAAGGUGGAGCAUGAAUUCUGAUACAUAAUAGUUCACAAAGAUUAUGAAUACUUCAUUUUAUGUUUAAAUAUGAGAUAAAUGACAAUUGGAGAAAUGGGAAAUGAUGCUGUACAUAUAGUAGAAUACCUGCAUAUUUCAGAGGAAACAUUUUAUUAUGUUUUCGAUAGUGCUUAAGCGUAGUCUAGUUGCAAUAUGCUCAGUGAUAUGUGAAAUGCAGCAGUCAAAUCAUAGUGUAAUAGAUAAAGAGUUGUGCUGGGUAACAGUACAAGUUAUUUUUGACAAACUGAGGCAUAUACAAGAAGCAUGUCAUCACAUGUCUAGCAAAAAGAGGCAGUUAUAGCGGUAUAUAUGAACCACAUCAUAGUCGACUAUGUUAUGCCAGAAACAUGUAGGAAAAUAAAAUAUGAAUGUACUAGUAGUGCUCUAUAUCUGUCAGAAUCAGGAUUUAAUACUCCAUUUGAAAAAUGUAAAUAAGCGCAAUGGAAGAACAGUGUUGAGUAAAUAUUCCUAAUUUACUCUAACAAAACUGCCUUAUUUAAGCUAGUGGGAUCGGAGCAUAAGAUAUUUUGCUAUUACACAACAGGACAGGUCUAUUUUCCCUAGAUUCAUAAUUCAGUAGCCUGAAAGUCCUAAUAACACAAAACGAAAGCUCCUAGUUGAUAAUUACCCCUAAUGAAGUACCCACGGGGAGGUGUUAUACUAACAUAUAACAUAAAGUAGCAUCUUUCUGGCGACAGAAUCACAGCACAUGCGUCAUAGUUAGUAAUAUAUUAUCCCAAACAAGAACUUGCAGUAGCAAGGGAAAACGCCUGUAAACUACCAAAACUAUGUGCUUGUCAGGAUUACAAUGAUCCAACACGCAGUAUUAGUAUCACACCAGGAAUAAGGAUAACGUCUAACCGGACCUUAGAAUGACCGGACUUAACAUACCAGAGAAUAGUCAAAAUACUAGCCGAGGUCAGGAACACAGAACGAAACACAGUUGCAUAGAACAGCCAAUAGUCAGGGAUACCAGGAUUCAGGGAAGUCAGAACGAACCCAAAGUCAAUAACCAAAGAAACACGAUCAGGAACACACUCUUGGAUAACCAGGAAAGGGAAAGAUUAGAUUAGAAGAAAUUAGUGAGUUUAAAUAUCCCUCUUGUGAAUCCGAUUGGCCUUAUCCAGCCUUUGACCCCAAAACAUGCGUGCGCGCCCUCUGAGUGACAUCAUCCGCACUUCGACAUCGCUACCAUCAUGGACAGACGUGGUGCUACAUAACAGUGUGGAUCCACAGCGGCCGGCGUCCACUUGCAUGUCGCAAAUGCCCAGUAUUAUUGCAUAGGACCACCGAGCAGCAUUUCUCCUAUUCCUGGGAGGGUGAUUUAUGUUGUGAAUAGCAUAUGGAGAGGAUAUACAAGUGAUAGUGCUAUUGCAAGUAAAAUAUAUGCAUUUAUGUCAUGGAGUCCCUCUCCCCUCUGGGUAUGAAGGUUUUAAUCCUGACGACAUCCCAGGAAUGGUUGGAAAGCUGUUUCUGGGUAUGUUAUCUGCUAGGCCCAGAACUUCAAAAAAUGCUGAACUCUCUGUAGGAUCAGAAGCCGUGUAUGAUUGAAUUUCUUUAAUGACCAAAAUGAAUCUGGAAGUGGACCAUUGGUAGGUAAGUCCUGAAUUUGGUGUUUUGGUAAUUGGAUUUGUAGAUUUAUGUCAAAGUAGUGGAUUUGCUCAGGUGUUUGAAAAAUGUGAGGCUACAAGUCUCAAAUUAAUAUGGUGUCUUCCCCAUAAGUAUCUUGCCUUUUGGCCAGCAUUUGACAGUGUAAAAUAACAUCACGGGAGACACAUGUAAGUGAUUAUGGGGAUUUGUUAAUCCUAUACACUCAAUCAAAAGAGAAGUGCUUAGUUUGUUUUGUCUGUAGAACUGAUGACACUAGUCAUCUAAUAAAGUGUGGAACUUCUUCUGAGGGAAUUCAUUCCAAUACUCCCCUAAUUUUUAUAUUCUUUCUCUAUCAUAGAGAAGGUCUACUCAUUGAAACGUGUGAAGGUGUACUGUCUGCAAUUGUUGUACUGUUUCUCCCAGUGCUGUCAAACCUUGUCGCAGGUCUAGAACAUCUUUUUUGGUAACCUGUAUAUGCAAGGUCCACUGCAAAGAGUUGUUGUAUAUUGGCAAAUAGGUUUAUUUAUGUACCUUUUAGUAACCAAAUUACUAUCAUCCAAAGCCUGUGAGACCUUCAGGUCUGGUGUGGCCAGAUCAGCCCUCAGUUUAAGUCUCCCUCAAUUGUAGGGAAGAGGACUCCAAGGGUGCCAGUGCCUUAGUAUGUGGAGGUGAGUGUAACAUGUGUGGAGGUAAGGUCACACUGUGCUAUUGUGGUAGAUUGGAGAGAUUUGUGGGAUCUACGUCCCAUGUGUCUGAUAGUUAAUAUAUUGGGGUUCUUGACAACUGGUAAGAGGGUAGUACAUGAUUGGAGACCUCUAUUGUCGAUGGUAGGUACAUUGUAGGCCUAAAAAGCCUUGGCUUUGUAUUUUUGUACCUGAGUUGAGAAAGAAAUCAUCUGUGUUUUCAAGUAAAGCCAAUCUAUGUUCCGUAGUCCCACGUUUUGAUGGGAUGCAUAUCUGUGCUUACAUACUAAAUUAAAAUUGUUUAGCUGGACCUGCUAAAGAUGGUGUCUGCUCUGGUGGGCUACUAGGCUCUUCCCCCAGGUCUUAAAUGUGUUCUCCAUUUGUUACAUUAAUUUGAGUUGUGUAGUCUUUGUAGCAGUGUUUUUAGUUUUGAAAAUAGUAAUCUCACUUAUUUGUUCUUGUAAUUUUUUUUUUUUUUAGGAAGAAACAUUGCAUAAAACAUUUUUUGUUAAAUUUAAUAUACUUCGUAGUGUCCAAGUACCUUUUUUAUUAUGUUUCAUUUUAUUUUUGAUGAUUUAGUUUAAGAUAAUGGAGAGGUUGGUUAAUGUCGAUCUUUUACUUAAAUUUCUCCUUCCUAUUUUUUUUUCCUGUAUCUUCUAUUAUAACCUUUAACGUGCUUAAACUUCAGAUUAUGUUAGCUAUUUAGGUUAAGAUACUUCCAGUAUGUAUGCAUCUGCAUUGGGGACCCACUGCCAAGACUCAUUUAUGCUAAACUCUUCUAAAUUUAUCCCUAUUACUAGACCAUCAUAUUAUCAACUAAUGCAGAGCUUCACCUCUUUUAUGUAAAAAUGCAUUUCUGUUUUUAGUGUUAAUGUAAGAUUCCUUAAAAAAAAAAAAAUCUAAAUUAGCCUGAUUUGUGCUGAUCUCUCACCUUGAAUUUAGUGUGCAUAAGAAUCCCCAGGUGACUCAUGCUUCACUUUUUAUAAAGAGACUUAUUCAUUAAUAUAUUCUUCACUGAUCAACACACACACUCAGUAUGCAUUUUUCAUAAGUACACACAUUUUAAAACAAUUAUUCCAUGACCUUAACACACAGAUUAAUAUAUUCAUGUAUGCAUAAAGUAAUGAUGAUAUGAGCUGUGUACAAAGAAUUUCUGUUCAAAAACCUAAAAAUUAUGAAUAUAAAUAAGGUACAUCACACACAAUACCGAAGGAAAUAGAUUAUGCAUAAUGUCCAGUUAGUUGAAGAAUUUCAAAUGUUUGGAUAAAGUUUUAGUGAAGCCAUUGUUCAAAAUGUUCAAAUGAUUAUGUAUCCUUUUUAUCCUUUGACCAUGGUACUGAUACAGUAACUUUAUCUUGAAAAAACUGUUUAUCAAAGUUCUUUGUUAAAUUAAUAUCAAUGGCUUCAUGCUAGGACAAAUAUAAAUAUAUGAUAUUGUAUUGGGUUCCAGUCUUGCUAACUGCACGGCCAAAGUAUUGAACCCUCCAUUUCAUUUCACACUGUGUGCGCUACCCAAUAAUAGUAAUCUUUCACCACAAUUACAGUUAUCAAAAUGUUUUAUCAAGAAUUUUUUUUCUAUAUAUUUAAAAAAAUGAUUCUUACAAGUAUAAAUAAAGAUAAACAAUACAGGCAUGGGCAAAUGCAAAGAAUUUACUAUGAAUCUGGUAUUUAUUAUUUUUUUAAGUACAUUGAUGGCCUGGCCGCAAAUUUGUAGAUACUUUUUCUGGAAAAGACAUCCAGCAAACAUAUGUUACAGUACCUUCGAUAGAUGCAAUUCAUGAGCUUUCCAUUCACUCCGAGCAUGCUUUUACAUCAUGUAGCACGACUUUUUAUACAUCCCAAGGAUGAUCGCAUUACUUUCAAAUAGUUACAGUCAAAUAAGAGCAACAAAAUGACAUAGUAAUCUGGGUUAAAAAAGGCUCAAGUCCAUCAUGUUCAGCCUUUACAACACAUCUUUUUGGUCUAUUAAUACAAAAGAAAACAAAAACAUAAUUCCAAAAUGGCAGUCAGAUAUCUUCUCCGAUCAAUAACCUGUUCAUAUACAUAUAUUAAUUGUAACAUUGAAUAUUGGGUUUUUUUUUUUUUGUUUUUUUUUAAACAUCUAAGUCUUUCUAAAAAUAUCUACAGAAUGUGAUAAUCAAGCUCCUCAGGCAGAAAAUUCCACAUCUUUGUUGUUGUACUAUAAAGAACCUUUUCCUCUGCUGUAAGCGAAAACUUUAUCAUUACUAAUGUAUUUUAUAUAAUAAAAAAAAAUCUUUGUGAUGCUUUUCAAAUUUAGGAUACUGUGAUAUACAUUUGACUUACUAUUUAUUUUUCUUCCUUUCCUGCAGGUUUUUCUGGCAUGUGGUCAACCCAAAUCACCAUAUUCAUUAAGAUCAUCCCGAUCAUAUUCAGAAAGGUAUAAUAAUCGCUUCUAUCCCUACAACCGUGAUGACAGGCCGACAAUUACUGCUGCCACAAGCCUGGACAGACUGGUAAAUAAUCUACUCUGGUUUAUUUACUUAAUGAUUCCUAAUAUUGCAUUUUGUUUUCUAAAUGUUUACAUUUUAUGUUGUUGUUGAAGUUGAUUUUAUUAUUUUGGAAAUCCAUUAUUUAAAAUUGUAGAUACUUUGCACAUCAUAUUUAAUACAUACCAGAAAUGACAUACAUAUUAUUUGUUAAUGUAUUUCAUAAUGCAUUAAUAAUACGAGUGGAACAUCCAUGUUAAAGGGACACUAUAGGCACCCAGAACACUGCAUGUCAUUGAAGUGCUCUGGGUGCAGUGUUUCUGUCCCCUUAAGUCUUCAAUCUAAAACACAGGGUCAAUAAUGCCUCUAGUAGCUGACCCCCAAACAGCCACUAGAGGCGUCAUUGACUCUGUGCAAUGACACUGGAAGUACUGACACUGAUGGCCUUAUGCUCACGCAACACUAACCGUGUAUGACCAUUAGGCUCCCCCUCAGUGUUUCCCCUCAGUGUUGACGUAAAAUAAGGUGAGUAUAAAAAUGGUUAUUAGCCCUUUAUUUGCCAUGGAGAGGUGGCUGUGAGGGAGGAUGGGGAGAAGGACACUUUAGUGUUAGGAGUACAGCUUUGUAUUCCUAACAUAGAGUGUUCCUUUAUAGAAAGGGUCCAAGAAGAUAUUUAUAGAGUGGAACAGAAUAAAAACAAAAACAGACAUAGUGUGUUUCCAUUUAGCCACAUAACUCCUUAACGCCAUUACGGCGUUCUAUGCCGUCGUGGCUUUAAAGGGCUUUAAAGCCGUUGCGGUGGCAUAGAACGCUGUAACGGCUUAAGCCCCCAGGAGGUGAGAUCUACUUACCUCCGCCGCGAUCCUCAUCAGGAGGGCUGCCUGACAGCCCAGGCAGCCCUCCCCCGGCAAAUAUGGCCCCCUAUAGCUGGCUGUGGAUCUGCCAGCAGGGGGACUGUCUGAAAUGUCAGACAGUCCCCCUGCUGGUGAAAAGUGUAAAAAAAUAAAAUAAAUUAAACAUGUUUAAAAUUAAAUUAAAAGUAUUUUUAUAUAUAUAUAUAUAUAUAUAUAUAUAAUAUAUGUAUAUAUAUAUAUAUAUAUAUUAUAUAUAUAUAAUAUAUAUAUAUAUAUAUGUAUAUAUAUAUAUAUAUAUGUAUAUAUAUAUAUAUUAUAUAUAUAUAUAUAAUAUAUAUACAUAUUAUUUAUAUGUAACGUCAUACGUAUUUUUAUACUAAUAUUAGUAUAUAUAUUAAUAUUAAAAUACACUUAGAAUGACGUUAUAUAUAAUAUGUAUAUAUAUUAUAUAUAUAUAAUAGAUAUAUACACAUAUAUUAUAUAUAUAUAUAUAUAUAUAUAUAUAUACGUAUAAUUACAAUAAUAAAUAAAAUAAUAAAAUAAAUAAAAUAUUGAAACAAAAUUUAAUAUAAAUUAUAUAUUCAUAUGUAAUUUCAUUCUAACUGUAUUUUGUUACUAAUAUAUAUAUAUAUAUAUAUAUAUAUAUAUAUAUAUAUAUAUAUAUAUAUAUAUAUAUAUAUUGGUAACAAAAUACACUUAGAAUGACAUUCUAUAUAUAUAUCGAUCUAUAUAUAAAAUACAAAUAACUGCAAAUAUAUAUAGAUAAAUACAUAUAAUUCAGAGCUGCAUACAGCCUCUUUAACCCCUUAAGGACACAUGACGUGUGUGACAUGUCAUGAUUCCCUUUUAUUCCAGAAGUUUGGUCCUUAAGGGGUCAAAUCCCUUUAAAUAAUCGUGGCUGAGUAAUUGUACUCAGCUGUUGUGAUUCUAAGGCUAGUUAAGUUAAACAUCCUGGCAACACAAUGUAGGAAUGUAUAAUGCAUUUCAAUGUUAUACAAGAUACCAAGUUCAGUAAGUGGCUUUGACACUUAUUGAAUCUGGCACAUGUAUCACUCCAUCUUCAUGGUCAUUCCCUUAUCGUGAUGUUAAAAUAAAUACUUAAUACUAAACACACACAUGACAGUCCGUAAUAUUAAUGGAGAUAUACUCCACACUCAUUCUUCUUAUAUGUUACUGUAUGUAUCACUCCAUGAACUGAUUUAAGAAAAUCAUAAUUCUAUGUUCAUUUACACAUGUAUUUAACAUUUUUUCUGCAUCUCCUAGUAUGAUUCUGGUAUGAAACUGGUUAAGUCAGUAUUAAAUUAAGAAAUUAUUUUUUCCAUCUAUUCUAGACUUUGGCUGCUUGCAUUAAGGAAAGCUGAAAAUUCUAAUUACCCUUAAUUAUUUCUAUGCUAGAAUGCUAUUAAAGCAGCAUCUGUUUAUGAAUGUUGAUUUGUCAAUGUUUGUUAUAUCAGCAUGAACAAGGUCAUGUCUCUGCAAUAUGUUAUCUUCUAAACCCAUGUCUAAAAAAUUCUAGUUUAUAAAAAAAAAAAUCACUAUAUGUACAUUUGCAUUAAAAUGGAAAUAAUAACACGCAAAACAAAUUCUAGAAAAAAAUGUUUGAUCCAUUAAUAAAGUUGAAUAAAAUUAUUAUUAGUGACAUUUAUAUACCUCCAGCAAAUUCUGCCGUGCUUUACAGUUUUAAUUAGGGAGUAUGACACAAACCAAAGAAGAAACGCACUUCUACAAGUGUUAACAAAAAAACACAAUGUUAUUGAAAACCCUAUUCAAAUAACUUACCACCUAAAAAUGGUUUUCUAAAAUUUUGAUGCCCAGAGUUUGCUGAGGUGAACUUUAGGGCUCACUGCAGUUAAUACACAUAUUUGAAUCUUUAUAUACUAUUAUUGUUAGACAUGAGUUGGGAAACUAAACUUUAAUUGAUAAUUUUAUAACAUGUUAAGAUGUGUCAAAGAGCCAAAUUCCUGUCAUUAUUGAAUAAUGUCUGUACUUUAUAUGCAACCAAAUAAUUUAUAUUGUGUAUAAUUUUGUUAUAUUUUUUUACAUUGGCCUGAAAAAUAUUUUCUACUCUUAAAUGAAUAUCCUCUGCUACAUUGUUUGAUUAUUGUCAGGUCUCCUGUCCCCGCGGCGACCUUGCUUACCUCAUCACAGCGAGCGGCGUCAUCUGGUCCCUGUCUCCAGACUGGCAGUGUGUCUGAUGCUGCACUCUCCACAGCAGCAUUCUUAUAUGUGUGCUGCACCCGGUCAUGUGACCCAGCACACAGUGAUGACCUCAGAGACCACAAGGGAGGGAAAAAACUCCUCCCACGUGUUGUGGUUAACACUAAUUGGAGAUUAGCCAAUCAGACACACCCUGUCUGUAUAUAAGCUAACCCCUCCCUUGCCUCAGUAUCCUGUUGUGGUUUUUGGUUUACCAUUGAGCAUUGCACUUGUUAUUUGGAUUGCCUGGUUACUGAUAUUUGGCUUUGUCUCUCGUUAUUCCGUCUCUCUAUUUCCCUUGACCUUGGCUAGUGUUUUGACUAUCCCUUUUUGCAUAACCCAACCAUUCUAGGGAUCAGUUUUGCAAUUUUCUCUAUUCUGUCCUGUCUGCAAGUUAGGGUUCCCUAGUGAACAUUAUAAUUAGUGUAAAAUAUGAUACAGAAUGCAAAUUAAAUAUAAACAAAACAAUUAAAAAAAAGAUGCAGGCAUUAAAAAAGUAAAAUGAAACUGAUAUCUUUAUUAGAUUUUCCAUCAUUUGUGUGGAGGCAUCCCUGAUCUUUUCUGCACUGGCUUCUGUAGAGAGCAGGAAAUGAUUGAGAGAUCACAGCCAAUCCAAUUUGAUGCAUUUGUCUACACAUCUGAUACAUUUUUUCACCUCUUUUCAAUUAUUGAAGUAGAACACAUUUUAUUCUCGUUACCGUAAGACCUUUCAAAUUGAUAAACCUUUAACAUCUCGUCCUUAUGAUUUGAUGAACUAGUCUGUAUAUUAAAGUAGUCAUAUAAAGAUCGGUCAUCAAUGAAGAAGAUAUGCCUAGUUGAUUCACAUGUAUUAAAGGAACGGUUUUAACCAUGACAUAUCAUUAGGAAAAAUGCCAGUUUGGAUGAUCAAAUGUUCUAAAUUGUCCAAAAGUCAACUUGAUGCAUCUGCCAGGCAUCCUAAAUAAUUCAAGAAAUGUCACUCUAUCUGCUUUAAACAGACAUCCUUUUGGGGAGGGCAGGAUAUUAUAUUCAAAAAGCAUCAUGAGUCUUGCAAUUUCACACCAAUAUUCAACAGAAUAUGUUGCGUGUGAUAUUGGAUGUUGAAUAUUUUUUGAGCAUAGAGUUAAACAUAAUAUGUUUAAAUACAAAAAAAUAUCAAAGACCAUUUACAGUUUUGUUUGCAUUAACCUUUCAUAUCUUUGUUUUCUUUCCCCCUUGGGCUUUUCAGAGGACUGUUUGGAGGACAAUGCAGAAUGCUGUAAGAUUAAAUGUUCCUACAAAUUCUUCUCAUUGCCUUGUUUCACUGCACCACUUCAUUUUCUGUAACAUUUCUUUUCUUCAGAAUAGACACUCUUUAGAAUAAUGUGAAGUGUUGAAUGCAAUCAUCGGAUUUUAAUUAGUGCUUAAACAUCUGCUGCUAACACCCAUCCAACUCAUCCCACAGGUCUUAAAUGCCCUCUAUAUUCAAAACAUGGCUACUUUGUAGUUAUUGGAGAGAUUUAAGAUCAGCUUUUCCAGAUGUUUGUUUGAAUGUUGCUAGUAAAUAAAACAAAUUAAUUACACAUAACAAUAUUAGCAUGUAAAUUCAGCAAGGUUUUUUGUGCUGGGAUGGGUGUUAGAUUAUGGAUUUACAUUCAUUCUUAACUUAGUUAGAAAAUAUAUCCUCUAGUACCUCCGCUAUUAACAAUUUCUUUGUACUUUGUAGUACUUUUUUAAUACAAGAUUAAAGGGGUACUCCAACCCAUUUUUAUAUAAACCCCCAAUUUGCAGUAAAACCCUUCCUAAUAUAAAACGUAUCUGGAAUCCAGCGCCAGACAAAGUGCCCCGCACUAGUCUCCCCAUUCUGUCUGACGUCACUCCUUCACUUGCAAGGUCCUGUCAAAUGUGUCAGGUAGCUUUUGAUUGGACUUUUUCAUUGGGACAGAGUGCAUGCAUGCGCUCCCCAAAAAAAAGGAGAAUUUUAGCAACUGGAGGGAGGCAGGAAGACAGAGAUUUUCCCUUGCGACACACUUUUAGCACUGUCAGCAAGGGUAGAAGCUAAUUACAUCUGUUGACAGUGUGCAGUGUGCACAGACAACAGAUGUAAUUUUUUUAGAUUUAACAUUAGACAGCACAAAACAGAGUUCCAGGCUGCCUAAGUCACGUGUGCCAGGGGGCCCCAGCACAAAACUGCAAAUAUAUCUGUAUGUGCCGCAUCUCAAGCAGAAACCCUGCACAUACAGAUUCCAACCAUCAUGACCACUUCUAAAAGCAGAAGUGGUUAUGGUGGUCAGAGUAUCCCUUUAAGUGUUUGUUAAUAUGUAGCAUAGUUUAGCAUGUGUUUUUUUCACUCUGUUAUUAUUAUUAUUAUAUGUUCAUGAAAUAUCAAUUGUGGUAACCUAUCCUAAAUGUUGAAUGUCAAGCAUUGCCUGUACGAUUAAUGAAUAACUCCAUACACAUAUGUGUGGAUCAAUGAUGCUUCAAAUGUUUGGAUGCACCAUCCUCUAUUUAGGAAUGGGAAAGCUAUAUCAAAUUUUCUUCAUGGUUAUUCUUACUAAAAAAAGAAGAUACAAUGUCUAUGUGUUCAUCUAUGGAAUCCACACUUGGAUUUAUACGAUUAUAAUAUACGUGGUUUAUACGAUUUCAUUAUUUUCUUUGAAGUGAAGAACACAUGUACAAGGUACACAGCCAUGGAAACAAAACAAAGUAGAUGUACAUAAAUCAGGCCAAGCAGAAGUUGGUACAUGAAAAAACAAAUAAUCUACAUACCAAAGAAAUAAUAUACAUGUAAUUAACAGGCGUGUCUAAAAUAGGUGUGUUAACCAUGGUUGCUUUCCUGACUAAUUCCCACUUUAGUAUGCCAUAUGAAUGACCCGUGAUGUCCGAAAUGCACUCCUCAGAACAAUCAGAGGUGUACAGACAGAUGCCAUUCCACACACAGAGUAAUAAAAGGGGUGAAUAACAAUGGGGUAAAAAACAUUUUCAUCAGAGGAACCCUUCACAUAUAUACUUCUAGUCUGGAUUAUGUGGCAAAAUACAGAAGUGUUGUUACCUACACUUGAUUGCACUAAUGUCCGUGACCACUAUGCAGGCUACAAGGUCUCUGGUGCUUGCAUUCUCCCCUACUCUCAUGACUAAUAACCUGGAUGCUGAUGAUUUGAGCCAGAAGCCCCUCAUCUGUAGGUUGCUGGAUCAAGAUGUGGAACACUAG